AGCUCUGGCUGAAGUCAGACCUUGCGCGCCAUGGACAGGUGAGGCUUUCGCAGAAUUGCGGCCCGCCGACGCACGGCGCAUGCGGCUUGUUGCUGCUUUGACGCUAUGGCUCGUGCGGAGCCAAGAGGAUGCUGCGACUGCACCUGCAGCCUUCGAACGCUUCGGCGAUGGCGAGUGCAUGACCAGCGCCAUGCUUCCGGUGCGUGGCCGCUCCCGCCGCGACAUGGAGCACGGGGAGUGCCGGGCCGUCUGCAAUACAGACAACUGCAUCGGCUACACCUAUGCUCCCUGCGAGCGAAUUUGCAGCCUUCACGGGGAGCCGGAGCUCUUCCGAGGGCUCCCGGAGGUUUUGGCCUGGUCCACCCUGAACGGUGGCGGCCUGAUUGCGAAGACUAGCCAGCAAUGCGGUGCCUCCUGCUAUGUGCGCAAGGCACCAUGUCAGGGUGGCACCUUGCAAUCUGCUGGAGCCUUCAUGAACUAUGAAGCCCUGACUUACGCGAUGACGCGCACCUUAGAGUGCCCCUUCCCGCACAAGGGCACCGUGACCAUCGAAUGCACCUCCACCGGCAUCCAGGUGGCGGGCGGCAGAUGUUUGCGGCCCUGCGAGUCGGGCUUCGUCCGCGACGCCUUCUUCGAAGUGAAGUUCCCGCCCACGCGGCAUGGGGAGUUCGGGGCGGGGCCCUGCCCCACCGGCACGCUGGGGAACAUGACCAUCUUCUGCAACGACGGGAGCGCGACCCACGUGCUGGGCCGCUGUGGCACCAACUGCCCGGCGGGGUCCAUGCGCUCGGGGACCUCAGUGAUCUACUACCCCGUCAUGGACCACGAGGACCAGAUGACCAUCCAAUGCCCCGAGGGCUAUGUGGGAUCUGUGCUGCUGGAGUGCGUCAACGCCUUCACCUACGUGCGAGAGGGCGCGUGUAAGCAGCACUGCCUCACGGGGCGGGUGAACACCACGGUGGGCGCGGGGGACCUCGCAGUGGCCGGCUACGUGGAGCACCAAAGGAUGUUGCACGACCGGGGCACCAGUGCCGACUGCCAAAGCCCUGACGACAUGCUGCAGGGCCGUCUGAUCCUCUUCUGCGAGGAUGGCAACGUCUCGGCGGACUACGCCUUGAGCCGCUGCUUCCGCCACUGCGCGCCAGGCCAGAUAGGCACCGGUGUGAGAGCGGUCUCCCAUGGUAUCAUCGAGCACAACCGGAACCAGACCUUGCAGUGCAACCCGGGCUUCGACGGAGACUUCCAGGUGUCCUGCAACGAUGGCACGGUCAUCCAUGUGGACGGGUUCUGCUACAUGAAUUGCGUGCCCGGCACCAUCACCUCUAACACCAUCACGUUGCCACAUGAAGCGCUGGCACAUGGGCAGAACACCACCGUGGAGUGCCCCAUCGACGCGACCCACCGGGGCAACAUCACAGUGCUCUGCGAUGAUGGUCAGGCUCGGAUGAGGAUCGAGGGCUUCUGCGGGGAGAACUGCAGCUCCGGGGAGAUCCUCUCCAACGGCGCCCGCGUCCAGUACCCCGGCAUCCCCCACGGGUUCCACCAGAACAUCAGCUGCCCUGCCCCAUGGGGGGACCAAAUCGAGUUCCGGUGCUACGACGGAUCGGUGCGCUAUGAGGGCAUGUGCGGGCGCCAAUGCAUGGGGGGCCGCCUGGACCAGAACGGCGCAGCGGUGUUCUAUACCAACCUCAACCACUCCCAGGUCGGCAAUUUCAGCUGCGACACCUUGUACCAGAGCACGCUUACCUUCUCAGGUUCUCUGGAGCUCACCUGCAUCGACGGCUCGGUGAUCAGUCUGGGCCAGUGCUUCCCGGACUGCCCCGAUGGCGCCAUCACCAACAACGGCGCACGUAUCCUCGUGCCGCCGUUGAAGGCUGGCGACUCCACGAUGACCAAUUGCGAGCCAGCAGCUGCUUAUGGCAUCGUCCGGGUCUCUUGCUUGGAGGGCUUCCAGGUGGUGACGCAGGGCUCUUGCGGGGAUCCCUGUCCCGCGGCGCCCUUCUCCAACGUGAACACGCGGCACACGUCCUUGGACUUGGAGGAAGUUUGGCAUGACACGGGCGUCUGGAAGGAAGAUUGCCCAGAGGAUCUGAGCGGGCAGGUCUACAUCCACUGCUUCGACCGCGUGCUACGAGUUCUGGAGGGCCAGUGUGGUGAGCGCUGCCAAUCCCAGCGCUUGGAGGUGGACGGGGCCAAGUUCCUGAGCCCCGUCCUGGACCACGCAGAGACGUUUCUGCAGCCAUGUAUUGAGCCGUACAGCGACUUCGUGAACUUGACUUGCAUCUUCGGGGAGCUGCACGUGACCAGCAACUGCCGCCUGGGCUGCUUCGCCAACACCACGGUGCUGCCCGGCGGUGCGCAGGUGCCGUACCCCAACCUGGUGAGCGGCUACACCUCGCAGCCGGCCUGCCCACCGGGCUUCGUGGGCUCUGUGACGCUGAUUUGUGACGAUGGGAGCAUCAAGGUGCACAGCGGCGCCUGCAAUUCGCAUUGCGCGGCGGGGCUUUUCCAGGGCCCGAGCGGCUACUUCGUGAGCCACUUGGAGAUCCAGUACAACGAGACUCGGCUGGUGCGCUGCCCCACGGGCUACGUGGGGCAGCUCCGUUUGCGGUGCCUGGGCACCGUGGUCAUUGAGGAGGGCGAGUGCCCCAGGAACUGCUUGGAAGGCGCUAUGCUGGUCCGGAGCGGCGUGAUCAUGCCCCACACCAGCAUGGAGCACGGAGAGGUGAGCAACGAGCGGAAAUGCCCCGUGAACUUCGUGGGUUCCAUCCGGCUCCGCUGCAGCGACUCCGUGGUCUCCGUGGCCAGUGGCCAGUGCUACGAGCACUGCGGCUAUGGCCAGGUGCAAGGGGCGGAGUACAGAAACCUCGAGCACGAGGCCUAUGUUUCGAUCAUGUGCCCGGAGGUGGGCCAGAUCAAGAUCAAAUGCCUGGACGGCGUUACGGAGGUCCUCGAGGGCGAGUGCUUGUACGGCUGCCAGAAAGGUACCAUCCCGGACCCCAACGGUGUGCCGUUGCAGUUCCCCUCCUUCCCUCACGGCACGAAGAUCAACGGGACCUGCAGCAACUUGGGCGUGGGCCAAGUGGAGCUGAUCUGCAACAACACGGCGGUGAGCGUCGUGUCGGGGGCGUGCCUCAGACACUGCCCUCCUCAAUCUACGCAGUCCCGGGACGGCUCCAACAUCUCGACGCCCUACAUCGAACAUUUACAGCAGGACGCGGUGGAGUGCCCGGCGCCGCUGCCGGGGACCUUGGCGUUGUACUGCAACGACUAUGUGACCACGGUCUUCGAUGGGGUCUGUGGAGACAUGAACUGUCCCGAGGGUGAGAUCACCUCCAACGGGGCUGUGGUUCAGCACCCGGCCAUCAACGACCAGCGCCGUGCCGGGCCCGGCAGCUGUGGGGAGAACUACCUGGGCCAGCCGGUUUUCACCUGCGACACCGGCAAGGCGUCGGUGCUUGCGGUGAACCUCAUCCGGCAGCCGCGGAUUCCGGGGGUGGACAACGUCAGCCAGAAGAUUGGCUCUGACUACAACUUCACCGAAGAGGAUCGGUUCAAGCUCUGCGGCUGCUGUUUGCCCCCCCCUUCCCGGCCAGAUGUGGACGCGCUGCAAGGUGUAGAUUCGCUGGUCAUCAUCUACUGGGCCGUGGGAGUGGGCGGCGCCAGUCUCCUCCUCGCCUCCGCGGCUGGCUAUUGGAUCCACAAAAAGAGGCCGCCCAAAGUGAGCCAAGUGAGUCCGGAGAUGGCGGAGAAUCCCAAUUCGGAGUUGGCGCUCAGAGACGCUGCCGCUGGUGAGAUGAGCUUAUAUGAGAGCCGACAGAGAAUGGCUCCAAGACCUUCUCCAUAGACCAGCCCCACAUCCUGAAGCCCGCGCGGGACAGAGGAUCCAAGGAGUGGCAAUACUGGUGAGGUCCGAUCCCCGCUGGGGCGGCGGGGUGAGACAUGGUGAGACCUUUUGCCUGAUCCUGCGGCGCAUCGCGACCGUUGUGCAUGGUAGAUGUAGGUGCCGCCGAAGAUUUGCGCGCGGCAACGUUUCACCGGUCAGAAGACGCAUGUCCAGCAGUGCCUUUCUUAAGAGAAAUGGCACGCUCGCUCAUUCGACAGCAUCCAGGAUGUUGGACGAAUAAGACA